AUGAAAGCGAUAAGAACUUGUUCCCUGAAAUCUUCACCGGAAAAUUUAGCAGCGGCGAAACGGACCGAAGAUCGAUCUACCAUCUGUCCAUCUUCACCGGCCGGAAGUCCAUUGAAAAGGAAGAAGAGAACUUCAGAAUCAUAUUUACCUGACGAUUGUUGGGAGAUUAUCAUAAAAUCAUCUCAAAUCAACUUCAAUUCUCUAUCUCUCGUUUCAAAACAAAUCCUCUCCAUCACUAAUCGUCUUCGGUUUUCACUCUCCGUCACUGAUGCAUCACGUCAUUACCUCCCUCGUCUCUUGAAAAGGUUCACCAACCUCACUUCCCUCGACCUCUCCCGCUACAACUAUUUACCGAACGAUCUUCUCUGCAAAAUAUCUAACUUCCCAUUGAAAAAACUCACAUCACUCAAACUCCCUGUCCCUACCCCCUUUCCAGCAGAUGGCUUGCUCGCAUUCUGCCAAACCGUUACAACAUUGACCUCUCUCACUUGUUCCCGUGCUUCUUUUGUUCACAGCCAGCUCUUACCCGUUGCUCAUUGUUUCCCUUUGCUCAAACACCUCGACCUCUCUCGCCCUUGGUACAACCUCUCUCAGCCUGUUGAGGAUCAUAUUAAUGGAAUUAGCUCUCUGUUAUCCAACUCUCCAUAUAUACAACAUUUGGAUCUUAGUCACACUAAUUUUCUCAAUGAUCAACAUGUUGCCGAGUUCUCUUUGUUUCUUGCUCAUUUGGUGUCUAUAAACCUUACUGGAUGUUGGAAGCUGACAGAAUCAGCUUUGUUUUCGCUCGUUAUAAAUUGUCCUUCACUUAGUGACAUCAAAAUGGAAUACACAACUAUUGGGAAUGAGAGUAUUGGAGGAGGAGGAAGGGAGGAUUCUAAUUCUUUUGCUGUCGUAAGCCCGAAAGUAAAGUCUCUUUGUUUGGCUCGCUGUCAAUACUUGAGAGAUCAAAACAUUAUAUUGUUUGCUUCCAUUUUCCCCAACUUGGAGGUGCUUGAUUUGAGCUAUUGGAAGGAAGUGUCUGAAGAAACUGUUUCUAAAGUUUUAAGAUGUUGUACUAAGAUUAAGCAUUUGAACUUGUCAUAUACCAACGUUGAUGAUAAAUCACUCCAUAUCAUAUCAACGAGUUGUUGUGGCCUUUUGCAAUUGUUACUGGAAAGUUGUAUGAAUGUCACAGAGAAUGGAGUGAAACAUGUGGUUCAAAACUGCAAGCAACUGAGGGAGAUCAAUUUGAGAUAUAUCGAUCAACUGAACGCUAAUGUUGUUUCUUCAAUGGUAUUAUCAAGGCCAUCUUUAAGAAAGAUCAUCGCUCCAUUAGGUUUUUCUUUAAGUGACAGAAAGAGGAAAGUCUUCUUGCAACGUCAUGGAUGUCUUGUUUGCUAG